AUGAAGUCUGGAGGAGGGAACGACCGGCUGGAGGCUGGCCGACGCAAGCUGGAGGAGUUCCAGCGGCGGAAGCAGCAAGCACUAGCUGCCAAGAAAGGGCCAGCCUCGGCCGCCGCAUCACCGGAGAAGCCGGCAGGCCAGCUGCCCGCUGCCGCGACCACACACCAUGGCAGCUCCUUGGGAGACCUUCCACCCGGCCCGCCGCUGCGGCAGGAGGCCAGCCACGCCGCACGCACGGCGCCAGCUGCGCUGGCAGGAGCGCCUGGCGUUACUGCAGCACCCGCAGCCGCUCCAGCGGCGGCUUCAGCCUCAGCAGCAGAGGCCGAGUCUCUGCAUCAGCAGGUCGGCGAGCUGCUGGGCUCUGUGGAUCAGCUGCACCGGGCGCUGCAGGAUGAACGGGCCAACAGCACUCAGCUGGAGCAGCAGGUGCAGGAGCAGCAGGGGCGGCUGCGGGAGCUGCACGACGCCAACCAGCAGCUGCAGGAGGCCGCCACCGCCGCGGCCCCACACGCGUCUGCGUCUGCUGAGCACCAGCAGCAGCUUCAGCUGGAGCUGGCUGAGGCUCGGGCGCAGGCGCAGCGCUAUGCCCAGGCCGCAGAGAACUUAUCCGCAGAGCUGGGCACGGCGCGGCAGGAGCAGGAGGCUGCGGCGGCCGAGCUGGCGGCGGCGCAGGCCUCGCACCGUGCCGAGCUGGCCGCCGCGCACGGGGCGGCAGAGUCUGAGCUUGCCGGCGCGCGCGAGGCGCAUGCUGCUGAGCUGGCGGCCGCCCAGGAGGGCAACUUCAGCCUGAUUGCCAGCUACAAGCAGCAGCUGGAUGAGGCGCAGGAGCGGGCGGAGGCGCAGGCGCGCCAGCUGGAGGCGCAGGCUCGCCAGCUGGGCGACGCCGUGGCGGGCAGCGGGCGCUCCGAGGAGCAGCUGGUGGCGCUCAGCACGCAGCUGGCGCAGCAGCAGCAGGAGGCGCUCGAGAUGCAGGCGUGUGCUGGGGGGUGCUGCUCGUGUGUGUUUGCGGAGCUGGAGCGGCAGCGGGAACUGAAUGCCCGCAUGAAGCACGAGCUCGCGGAGCAGGCGGUGGCCGCCGAGGAGGCGGUGCAGGCGGAGGAGGCUGAGCACUCCCAGCUGGCGCUGGCGCAGUCGCGCCUGGCGGAGCUGGAGGAGCGCGCGGGGCUGGCGGAGCAGCUGGCGGAGCUGGCAGAGCAGCGCGCGGACGACACCGAUCGCAAGCUGGCGGCGGCGGCGCAGGAGGCCGCGGCCAGGGAGGCCGAGCUGCAGGAUGAGGUGCAGCGGCUGGGCGAGGCGCUGGCUGUGGUGCAGGCGGAGCUGCGUGCCAAGGGGGAGGCAGAGCAGGGCGUGCUGGCUGAGCUUGCUGAGCUGGCAGCGCUGCGCGAGGCAUACGCGGCGGCGCAGUCGCAGCUGGAGUCUGCCGCUGGCGGGCAGGCCGCCACCGCGGCGCUGCUGGAGGAGCAGCAGGGCCUGCUGGUGCAGCUGCAGCAGCAGCUGGCGGCUGCUCAGGCCGCCAAGGCCGAGCUGGCCCGCGAGGCGGCUGCGCUUCGGGAGCAGCAGGAGCAGGAGGGCGGCACCGCCGCGGAGCUGCAGCAGCAGCUGGUGGCUGCACUGGAGCAGGCGCAAGCAGGGCAGCAGCGCUGCGAGCAGCUGGAGGGUGAGCUCGGUGCCUUGGCUGGGGCCGAGGCGACGGUGCGUCAGCAGCUGGAGAAGGCACAGGAGCAGGCGGCGGGCGCCGGGGCCGCCGCUGCCGCCGCGAACGAGCAGCUGGCGGCGACUGUGGGGGAGCUUGAGGCCCUGCAGGCCGAGCUGGAGAGCAGCCGCGAGGAGGCGGCUGCGCUGCAGGAGCAGGUGGAGGCUGCAGCCCAAGAGGGCGGUGCUGCAGCUGCGCUCGCUGAGCAAGUGGAGGCGCUGCAAGCGGAGCUGGCUGGCAGCCGCGAGGAAGCUGCCUUGCUGCGGCAGCAGGCGGAGGAGGCGGCUGCGCUUGGGCAGCAGCUGGAGCAGAUGGCUGAGCAGAAGGAUGCGACCAUCUCUGCCGGCGAGGAGCAGCUGGCGGUGCUGCGGGCGCAGGUGGAGGGCCUGCAGGCUGAGCUGGCGAGCAGCCGCGAGGAAGCUGCCAGCCUGGCGCAGCAGGUGGGGGAGGCGGCGACGCAGGAGGGUGGUGUGGCAGCUGCGCUGCAGGAGCAGCUGGCAGGUGUGCAGCGAGAGCUGGAGGCGGCGCAGCAGCGGGGCGAGGAGCUGGAGAGUGAACUGACCGCCAGGGCCGACGGCGAGGCGGCGCUGCGCCAGCAGCUGGAGGCGGCCGAGGAGCAGCGGGCGGCGGGGCUGCACCGGGCUGAGGAGCUGCAGGAAGAGCUGGCCUCCCUGCAGCAGCAGUAUGCGGAGCAGCACGCCGCGGCCGAGGCGGCGGCCGCGCAGCUGGAGCAGGCGGCGGCGGCGGCGGCCGAGGCGCAGCAGGCGCUGGCGGGGCGGGAGGCGGAAGUGGCGGCGCUGGCUGGGCAGCUGGAGGAGCUCCGUGCCGGCAGCCAGGGCGCCGCGGAGGCUGCAGCGCUGGCAGAGGCGCUGCGGGGCCAGGCGGCGGAGCUGGCCCAGCAGGCUGCCGACCUUGGGGAGCAGCUGGGGCAGCAGGCAGAGGCGCUGGCGGCUGCGGAGCGGGAGAAGGCGCACUACGCCUCGGAGCUGGAGACGCUGAUUGAGCAGACAGAGGUCAUGAUUGGGGAGCGGGCGCAGCUGGAGCAGCAGCAGCAGGAGGCGGCUGGGCAGCUGGAAGCUGCCGCAGCCCAUCUGGAUGUGGCGUGGUCGCAGCUGCCCAUUGCCCCAACCCCCCCGCUGCCAGAGCAGUCCGACCUGUUUGCCCAGCCCUUCUGGGAGCGGGUGGCGAUCCUGGAGGCUCAGGCGGCGGCUGGCGGCGACGCGGCGGCGGCGCAGCUGGCUGCGCUGCAGGCUGACAUGGCAGAAGUGCUGACUCAACGGGAGCAUGUGCUGCUGGAGCGGGAUGCAGCCAAGCAGCAGGCUGCCGACCUGCAGCAGCAGCUGGCGGCGGCGCAGGCGGCGGCCGCCGCGGCCGGCGGCGGCGCUGCCGAGCUGCAGCAGCAGCUGCAGGAGGCGGCGGCGGCUGCGGAGGAGGCGGCGGGCCGAGCGAUGCAGGCGGAGGAGUGGGGCCGGAAGCAGGCGGAGGCGGCGGCGGCUGCCGCGGCCCGCCUGGCUGAGCUGGAGGCUGCUGCUGCUGCCGUGGAGCAGCAGACGGCUCUCGCGGAGGCGCUUCAGGAGCAGAACGAGGCGUUGGCGGGCCGCGUGCGGGAGCUGGAAAGCGCGGCAGCAACGGCGGCGGCGGCGGCAGCGUCUUCCGCCGGCGGCGGCGGCGGCGGCCAGCAGGAGGCUGAGCUGGCGGAUCUUCAGCGCGAGAAUGCCGCGCUGCAGGCGGCGGUGGCAGAGUACAGCACCCAGGUGCAGCAGUGGUCGCAGCGUGUCCAGCAGCUGGAGGCGGCGGCGGCGGCGGGGCCGUCGUCGGCGGGGGACGCCAUCACGCGCCUGUCUGCGCUGCAGCAGCAGGCCUCGGAGGCGGAGGUGCAGGCCACAGCCCUGCAGGCCGAGAACCGCGCGCUGAGGGCCCAGCUGGAGGCGGAGCAGCAGCGCGCCAGCGAGGUGGAGACCUACUACCGGAACCGGCCUGGCAGCCAGUCUGGCCCCGGCGGCGCCUCCAAGAAGAACGAGGACGACUUCGACCUGGAGGCGGCGGCGCUCACGGGCGGCGGCACCCUGUUCAAGCCGCUGGCCGGCCUCGUUCGCUCGCUGCCGCCGCCGCUGAGCAACCCGCGCGUCCAGCCGGCGCUGGUCAGGGCGGCGCUGCAGCUGGACAGGGCGGCCAUCGCGGUGGACUCGCGGCCCCAGCUGCGCGCCGCGCUCGCCCUCUACUUCCUGCUGCUCCACAUCGUGGCGCUGCUGUGA